AAAGCGUGAGAAAGAAAUUCUACUCACUUUAUGUUAGAAGGUGCAAAAUCAAUAGGGCUCGGAGCUGCUACAAUUGCCUUGGCGGGAGUUGCUGUCGGUAUUGGAAAUGUCUACAGUUCCUUGAUUUAUUCUGUGGCCAGAAAUCCAUCAUUGGCUAAAUAAUCAUUUGGUUAUGCUAUGUUAGGCUUUGUUCUAACCGAAGCUAUUGUAUUGUUUGCAUUAAUGAUGUCCUUUUUUAUCUCAUUCAUCUUUUGA